CAGCCAUGGCGGGAAUGAAGACGGCCUUCGGGGACUACAUCGACUCGUCCUGGGAGCUGCGGGUGUUUGUGGGCGAGGAGGCCACGGAGAACGAGUCGGUCACCCUCCGGGUCACGGGGGAGUCGCACAUUGGCGGGGUGCUCCUGAAGAUCGUGGAGGAGAUCAAGCGCAAGCAAGACUGGUCUGACCACGCCAUUUGGUGGGAACAGAAAAGACAGUGGUUGCUGCAGACCCACUGGACCCUGGACAAGUACGGGAUCCUGGCUGAUGCCCGCCUCUUCUUCGGGCCCCAGCACCGGCCCAUCAUCCUGCGGCUGCCCAACCGCCGCGCGCUGCGCCUGCGGGCCAGCUUCUCUCAGCCACUCUUCCAGGCAGUGGCUGCCAUCUGCCGCCUGCUCAGUAUCCGGCACCCUGAGGAGCUCUCUCUGCUCCGGACCCCCGAGAAGAAGGAGAAGAAGAAGAAGGAGAAGGAGCCGGAAGAAGGGGUGUAUGACUUGUCUAAAGUCACCCUGGCUGGGGGCGUGGCACCUGUGCUGUUCCGGGGGAUGCCAGCCCACUUCUCGGAUAGCAAGCAGACAGAGGCCUGCUACCACAUGCUGAGCCGGCCCCAGCCCCCGCCUGACCCCCUCCUGCUGCAGCGCCUGCCUCGGCCCGGCUCCCUGUUGGACAAGACCCAGCUCCACAGCAGGUGGCUGGACUCUUCACGGUGCCUCAUGCAGCAGGGUAUCAAGGCCGGGGACAUGCUCUGGCUGCGGUUUAAGUACUACAGCUUCUUCGACCUGGACCCCAAGACAGACCCCGUGCGGCUGACGCAGCUGUACGAGCAGGCUCGCUGGGACCUGCUCCUAGAGGAGAUCGACUGUACAGAGGAGGAGAUGAUGGUGUUCGCCGCCCUACAGUACCACAUCAACAAGCAGUCACAGAGUGGGCACAUGGGCGAGGCGGCAGGCACAGACCCAGGGCUGGAUGACCUGGAAGCGGCCCUGAACAACCUGGAAGUGAAACUGGAGGGGUCGGCACCCACCGAUGUUCUGGACAGCCUCACCACGAUUCCGGAGCUCAAAGACCACCUCCGUAUCUUCCGGCCCCGGAAGCUGACCCUGAAAGGGUAUCGCCAGCACUGGGUGGUGUUCAAAGAGACCACCCUGUCCUACUAUAAGAGCCAGGAUGAGGCCCCCGGGGACCCCAUCCAGCAGCUCAAUCUCAAGGGCUGUGAGGUGGUCCCUGACGUCAACGUCUCCGGCCAGAAGUUCUGCAUCAAGCUCCUGGUGCCCUCCCCGGAGGGCAUGAGUGAGAUCUACCUCAGGUGCCAGGAUGAGCAGCAGUAUGCCCACUGGAUGGCGGGCUGCAGACUGGCCUCUAAGGGGCGCACGAUGGCGGACAGGAGCUACCCAAGCGAGGUGCAGGCCAUCUUGGCCUUCCUCAGCCUCCAGCGGGCAGGCGGCGGCAGCGGGGGCUCUGGCAACCACACCCAGGGCCUCGAUGCCACCGAGGCCCUCAACCCCUAUGGCCUUGUUGCCCCCCGUUUCCAGCGCAAGUUCAAAGCCAAGCAGCUCACCCCGCGGAUCCUGGAAGCCCACCAGAACGUAGCCCAGCUCUCGCUUUCCGAAGCCCAGCUGCGAUUCAUCCAGGCCUGGCAGUCGCUGCCCGACUUCGGUCUCUCCUAUUUCGUGGUCAGGUUCAAGGGCAGCAGGAAAGACGAGAUCCUGGGUAUCGCCAACAACCGGCUGAUCCGCAUCGACCUGGCCGUGGGCGACGUGGUCAAGACUUGGCGCUUCAGCAACAUGCGCCAGUGGAACGUCAACUGGGACAUCCGGCAGGUGGCCAUCGAGUUUGACGAGCACAUCAACGUGGCCUUCGGCUGUGUGUCGGCCAGCUGCCGUACCGUGCACGAGUACAUCGGGGGCUACAUCUUCCUGUCGACGCGGGAGCGCGCUCGUGGGGAGGAGCUGGACGAGGACCUCUUCCUGCAGCUGACCGGGGGCCAUGAGGCCUUCUAGGGCGGCCUCGCUGUCCCCGCCGCCCCCACUCACUGCUGCCCACUCGCCAACCACCUGCCCUGCCUGGGCUGGGCACGCUCACCUGCUUUCCCGUGGUCUGAGUGAGCCACACUGCCGCCACCUGGACUGAGGAGGGUCUGAUGGUCAAGGCUACACCCAUCGACCUGAUUAGAGUCGCCGAGCACACAAGAAGAACCACAUGUCCCGAGGGGGUGAUGACCCAUAGUUUCAAAUCAGGACUCUUUUUUUUUUUUUUUCCUUUUUCUGAUUUUAUAAAUAAUUAUUUUA